GGCAAUUCAGCUCCCAUCCGUGGACCUGCACGACCAAACGUCGCUCGUCGCGGACGGAUGACACCUUGUUGAACGCACGGGAUUGAAUGGUUGAGACGCAACCGCCCAAAAUGAGACUGAGCACGAGCAUGGCGAGUCCUGCAAAGGAAGCCGCGCCCAGCAUUGCAGACAAGGACAGCACGACAAACAUUUGGAUCCGCGUGUUAUGGAGCGAGGUGAUUCCAACCAUGUACACGUUGGACAAGACGGGGGGUUCGUCCGCCUGGACCGUUGCCAUGGGUACGAGUCGCUGGAAGAGCGCGCCUUUUAAAGAACGCAAAAUGUACUGGCCAACGUGGACGCAAAAUGUUGCCGUGCGCAUUAUCGAUUGCCGAGCACGUCGUCAAGAGCCGCCAUGUUCGACCACAAACGGAGUGGCUCGCUUUAGCCACGAACAUUACAGCUAACCACCGGCAGAGCGCAGUAGACGACCGCUCACUCUUCGAGUUGACAAACGCAAGACAAUUGCCUCCACCGGA